AUAUAAGGCACUUCACGUGAUUCUUCACUUGCUCGCGCCGCCGUUAGGGAGCUCGCCAUUUGCUAAUGCUGCGUUAGAGCCAAACCGGAGCGUGUCGCCAAUUCUAUACUGGCAACUAUUCCAAGCCGUGUUUGCGAAUUUUGACUAGUACUCGGAGAUCAUGGCCAGCGCUGUCGUCAAAGCCCUCAUCGCAGCUCGACAAAAAUGCCUAUCUGAGGACGAGGCCUAUUGGAACCCCAAACCCGACUUUUCGCGCCCCAUCAGUCCCCGCAAUGAGGCAGCGGCGCUGUCCUGGCUGCUGGACCACCAGCCGGUCGUGUGCCGCGGCGGUCCGGCUGACGUGGCAGAGCUGCACUCGCUGUGCGCCUCCUACUGCACCCGACUGGGGGCCGCGCUGCCGCCGGAGGAGCAGCAGGUGGACGGAGGGGAGGUACAUGCAGCAGCGGGCGAGGCCCCUUCCUCCGCCGCCGCCGCCCCCAGCCCCAGCAGCUCGGGUCGGAGCUUCGAGGAGGCCUCUCGGGAGGCGGCGCUGCUCAGGUGGUGCGUGCAGCGGGGGCUCACGGGCGCCGCGUCACCCGCGCUGUUCGGCGCAGGGGCGCACGGCGACAGCAGCGGCACUGCAUGCGGCAGCGGCGCGCCUCCCCCCUCCGCCCCCUAUUCCUCGGGCCCGCCCCCGCUGCGGGGCCUCCGUGCCGACACCCCCGUGUCCCCGGGUGACGUGGUGCUGCAUGUUCCCCAGGACCUGCUCAUAUCGUACGACACGGCCAAGCAGUCGGACCUGGGCAAGGUGCUGUGUGCGCUGCCGCUGGGCCUCUCCGACGACUCCAUCGCGCUCAUCUGGAGCUGUGUGGAGCGCCGGGAGCCGGAGGCGGAGGCAGCGCCCUUUUGGGCGGCACUGCCGGACCGCUUUGCAACGG